AAAAGUUCAUUCAUAAAUCGUGUGAAAAUAUUAGUAAAAUGGUUACUUAAAGAAAAAAAGAAUGAUUUCAUUUAAAGAAAAAUUAAGUUUCUUGUUAAUUUCUCUCUCCCUAAAUGGUGUAUUCUGCAUGGAAAAUGUUAAAGCUGUAACAAUGCUAUCAGAUGAAACCGACGCAUAUAAAGCAAUUGAUGAAGAUGAUUUUACGUAUGUUCAAAGUAAAAAUAAGGGACCAAAUAUAUCUUUGAGCAUCUUAUUAGAUCAUAUGAUGACAUUAAGGUGUUUCAACAUGAAAGUUAGGGGAGGUAAUUAUGACAUUUAUAUAAGCCAAAAUGAGACUAUGAUAGGACGCUUGUGUAGAAGUUUUUCCAUAAAAGAUAAACUGCAAUCUCACGCCAUUCUUUUUUGCUGUGAUGAAAACAUGAAUGGAAAGAAAAUAACUAUUAUGAAAAUGGAUAACGAGACCCUGAGAUUGUUUGAGAUUGACAUGAGGGACUCGGCACAGUUUCAACAAAAUCUGCUCAACUGCAGCGAAUGUUAUAAACACUGUGGUGUAUGUCUACAAAACGAUAAUCAGUGCAUAUCUUGUUUACAAGAUGACCAUUGUUCAGAACACUGCAAAGCGGGAGAGUGCAAAAUAAAUGGAACUUGUUUAGAGUGUCGAUCAGGGUACUAUGGUUCACAAUGUGAACCAUGUGAGACCGGUAAAUAUGGUGAAAACUGUGAACAAGAAUGUAAACAGGGGUGUAAAUAUAAUUGUGAUAAUAUCAAUGGACUAUGUAAAACAUGUGAAAGAGGUUACUUUGAUCCUCCUAAAUGUGAUAAAUUAUGUGAUCCAACAGUAAGUGAUUGCCAGUCUUGUAAUAAUGCAUUACUCUGUGAACAUUGUCAGACGGGGCGGUAUGGUGCAGAUUGCAGUGAAAAAUGUCCACAUCACUGUGAUUUCUGUGUCAAUUCGACAUUCUGUACACAUUGUAAAGCUGGUUAUUUUGGUGUACUAUGUAAAUCUAAAUGCCCCGAGAAGUGUUUCUUUUGUUUGAAUGAUUCUUACUGUGAAAUCUGUCGGACGGGCUUGGAGGGGCCGCUUUGUCAGUGUAGUGUUCAUUGUGAAGAGGAAUGCUCUGACAAGGGAGAUUGUUUGGGAAAUUGCUCAGACGGAUGGUAUGGUUCCAACUGCCACCAGCAAUGCUCUUCCCAUUGUAAACGAUGUGAGGAGUCCCCCGAUAACUGUACAAAAUGUUAUCAUGGGUAUCCUCCCAAGUGUUCGAGCGAGAAGCUGUAUAUUUCUGAGGAAACAAUGACCAUGAUGAUGGCAGGAGGGGGAGGAAUCCUUGUACUGGUACUCAUUACAAUCUGUAUCAUCAUCAUAAUAAAAAAGCUGUGUUCCUCUUCUAAUCAAGGAGACAUAUAUGGUUUCAUUGAGACUCAAGACAUAGAAUUGGAACCAAUGUCACAGACUAAUCCUUACGCUGAUCUGGAUUCAGCCCAGUACAUAAACGAUUCCAACAGGAUGACGGUGGAUGAAUUCAUACUAAACGUACACCAUAAGAAACUGAAUCAUGCAUUUCGAAGAGAAUUCAAGAAAAUACCAUACAGAAUGAACGAGCCUUAUUAUGCAGCUAUUGAUCCUAAGAAUAAAUCUAGAAAUAGAUACAAAAAAGUAUAUCCAUAUGAUUUCAGUCGUGUGAUCCUUGAUACUUCCGAUACUCCAGGAAGUUCUGAUUAUAUCAAUGCCUGUUUUGUACAUGGUUUUCAAAAACAACGAGCAUAUAUAGCUGCACAAGGUCCGUUUACUGAGGAGACUAUUUUAGAUUUUUGGAGGAUGGUAUGGCAGAUGAGGAGUGUGAAGAUAGUCAUGUUAACAAACCUAACAGAGGAAGGAAAUAUGAAGUGUUUAAAAUAUUGGCCAAAUACAGAGGCUUUAAUAGGACCCUUCUUAAUCAAAACUGAGAGACAAAACACGUGCAGGAGAUAUAUAAUAAGACAUAUCAAACUUAAAUUGGGCAUUGAAGAGAGAGUCGUGACACACUAUCAAUAUACAGCGUGGUACACAAUAAGAGUACCAACAAACAUAGACUCCCUCCUACUUUUUAGAAAUCUCGUCAUGAGCGAUGUUUCCAGUGAUGAUGGUCCUAUUAUCGUCCACUGCAGUGCCGGGGUGGGGCGCACAGGGACUUUUAUUGCCUUGGAUUACCUCCUAAAUGAGGGAAUAGCGACUGGUUACUUGGAUGUUGUUGGUUAUAUCCAAACAUUGAGGCAGCAACGGGCCUAUGCAGUACAAUCCACUGAUGAGUACAUUUUCCUACAUGACGCCCUAGUGGAGGGAUUUACUAGUGUGCAUGAGAACAGGUCUAUAGAAAUUUCUGACGAACUGUAAAGAUGUGUUUGCAAAACAAAUGUUAUAUUUCAUAUGAA